UCGUCUCUCUCUCUCUCUCUCUCUCUCUCUCUCUCUCUCUCACCUGUUGACUUUUUAAACUUCUCUCCUACCUUACCGUUCCCACUUAGAUCUCAAACAUAACAUAACAACCACGUAACAUUGUUUUCUCAGUUUUACUCUAUAUUUCUUGUUUUUUUUUUUUUUUUUUUCUUUCUGUUCUGUCUUUCAUUAUACUAAUCAACACAGCACAAAAAGAAGCAAACAUGUCAGGGGAAGAGCCUGUGUAUAUUGGUUCAAUCGACCAAGGAACCAGCAGCACCAGAUUCUUAAUCUAUGACCACUCAGCUCACAUAGUUGGUUCUCACCAGGUCGAGUUCACUCAGUUCUAUCCAGAUGCUGGAUGGGUGGAGCAUGAUCCAAUGGAGCUUUUGGAGAGUGUGAGGACUUGUAUUGCAAAGGCAAUGGACAAGGCCACUGCGGAUGGCCACAACGUGGACAAAGGGCUGAAAGCUAUUGGGUUGACUAACCAGAGAGAGACAACUAUGCUUUGGAGCAAAUCCACUGGUUAUCCCCUCCAUAACGCCAUUGUUUGGAUGGAUGUUCGUACCAGUUCUAUUUGCAGAAAAUUGGAGAAGGAUUUGCCAGGUGGAAGAACUCAUUUUGUGGAGACAUGUGGUCUGCCCAUCAGCACCUAUUUCAGUGCAACAAAGCUUCUCUGGUUGAUGGAAAAUGUUGAUGCUGUUAAGGAAGCGGUGAAAGCAGGGGACGCUCUAUUUGGAACUAUAGACACUUGGUUAAUCUGGAAUUUAACCGGUGGGUUGAAUGGAGGACUACAUGUCACUGAUGUCUCAAAUGCAUCAAGAACAAUGCUCAUGAAUCUUAAAACACUUGAUUGGGAUCAACCCACAUUAAAAACUCUCAGGAUUCCGGCUGAAAUUCUGCCCAGAAUUGUCAGUAAUUCUGAGGUUAUUGGACAAAUCUGCAGUGGAUGGGCAGUUGCUGGUGUCCCAAUUUCAGGAUGUUUGGGUGACCAACAUGCAGCAAUGCUGGGGCAGGCUUGCCAGAGAGGCGAAGCUAAAAGCACUUACGGAACAGGUGCUUUCAUACUUCUCAACACGGGUGAAGAGAUAACUCAGUCAACGCAUGGGCUUCUGACCACUUUAGCAUUCAAGCUUGGAGCUGAAGCUCCAACAAAUUAUGCUCUGGAGGGAUCAAUUGCUAUUGCUGGAGCUGCAGUUCAGUGGCUCAGAGACAGUCUUGGGAUUAUUCAAAGUGCUGGUGAGAUUGAGGCAUUGGCAUCUGAGGUUGAGUCCACAGGUGGGGUUUAUUUCGUGCCCGCGUUUAAUGGAUUAUUUGCUCCUUGGUGGCGUGAUGAUGCCCGUGGAGUUUGUAUUGGAAUCACAAGGUUUACAAGCAAGGCUCACAUUGCUCGAGCUGUGCUCGAGAGCAUGUGUUUCCAAGUCAAAGAUGUGUUGGAUUCAAUGCACAAAGAUGCAGGGGAGAAGGGUGAGGUUAAGAAUGACAAGGGGGAAUUUGUGCUUAGGGUGGAUGGUGGUGCUACUGUUAACAAUCUUUUGAUGCAGAUACAGGCGGACUUGUUGGGAAGCCCAGUGGUGAGGCCGGCUGACAUAGAAACGACUGCUCUAGGAGCAGCUUAUGCUGCUGGAUUAGCAGUUGGGGUGUGGACAGAAGAUGAGAUCUUUGCUGAAAAGGCUGAACGUGCUACCAUUUUCAAUCCUGAAUUAGAUGAGGAGUUGAGGAAGAAGAAGCUUGAGUCUUGGUACAAAGCUGUUAGUAGAACUUUUGACUUGGCUGAUCUUUCCCUCUGAUAUACCUGUGGCAAUUAGCUUCCAUAACCCUUCACCUUUUCUUUUUUCUUUUUCCCAGUCCUUUUAUUCUCUAAAUUCUGGGAUGGUGACAAUGUUUUGCUGUUUUUAUAGAUUUCUGCGAAUUAUGGACACUAGAAUGUAUUACAGUGAAUAAAAGUUUUAAUAAAUGCUAAUAUCUGCAAUGUACAACAAAAGUGAUUUAUCUAUAAGGUACA